AUGAAGUUCACCACCACUGCUCUCUUCGCGGCUGCCGCCAUUGGCGCCUCUGCCCACCCCAGCGGCCACGCCCACAAGCACGCCCAUCGCUCCGCCGGCGCGGCCAAGUUCGUCCAGUACGUCCAGCCUCAGCCUUCCGUCGAGGCUGUCGCCGCGGCCGAGCCCACCACCACCGCCGCCGAGGCCCCCGCGAAGACCACCGCCGCGCAGGCUGACCAGGAUGAUGACUCCUCCUCGUCCGGCGGCGACUCUGGCGUCGACACCUACACCGAUUUCUGCGGCGGCAAGUCCAAGCGCGCCACCGUGGCCGAGAUUGCCUACACGGGCAACAUUGGCACCGCCGACGACUACGGCUGCAACAUGAUGCUCGUCAAGAGCAACGUGGCCAAGAAGUACAACUACAUUGCCGCCAUCAAGAACGCCUCCGACAAGCAGCAGGAGUGCGUUGCCUACCUCAAGAUCGGUCCCGAGAACAACGAGAUCAACGGUUUCUUCAAGGGCAAGGAGGCCAAGAGCUUCUCGAUCCCCGCCGGUGUCACCCAGCACUUGGCCGUGGACGAGAACACCCAAGGUGGCGUCAUCUGCCAGGUCGGCGGCAUCGAGACCACCAAAUGGGGCGAGUACGCCUCCACCUGGGCCGAGUUCGACAUGGCCAACACCAGCAACGACGGCUGGUCCGGCGCUGACGCCUCAUGCCUGGUUGCGUCCCGCUACGACAUGACCAUCCCCGGCCUGCAGAUCUGCGGCCAUGACACCUGCUCCACCAUUAACCCUGGCGGCACCGGCACCAACGCUUUCCUCAAGGGCAUGGAGGCCGAGGACGGCUGGGGCCUCAACAUCCCCGCUGGCGAUGUCUGGCUGGACAUCACUGUCGGCUACGAGGGCGGCAACUAA